AACUUUUGUUAAAAGAGACCAAAGUGGGUGAAAUGCUGUUUCAUUUCUCUUGGCUUCAGGUCUAUUAUCAGUUUUAUUUCACCGAGCACCCUGAGUGGCACCAUGAUGCUGUGGGAAUGCUUUUCAAAAGAAUGACAAGGGAGGCUGGUCCAAAAUGAUGGGAAGAUGAAAGGCUCUUCACAUGGUAACCCAGGAAACAAAACCUGUUCAAGAACAGGAAAAAAAAAAACUGCACUUUUGGAGACAGUUCACCAUCCAGCAGGACGAUGGCAUCGACAUUGUAGUUGUAGUGAAAUGUUUAGAAACGAAGUAUAUCCAUGUGUUAGAAUGGCCAAGUCAAAGUCCAGAUCUACCCAGACUGAUUUUGUAAUCAGUGGCAAGCCUUUCUAAUAUGACUCAGCUUGAACUAUUUUUUUGGGGGGGGGAAUAGGGAAGAAGAAUCAGUAGAGCAAAAAUCCAGAUAAAGCUCAAAAGUCUUGCUGCUAUAAUGGCAUCUAAAGGUGGCUUUGCAAAAACCAUUUAACAUUUCCACUUUGUGAUCAGGAAAAAAUAAAACAUAAAACAAUAAUUAACUUGAUAAAAUAGUAAAACCAUGAUGACGCCUGUUAUUACUCAUUACAUGGACAACUUUCAUAAAAUAAAAUAAAAAUGGAACCAUGUCUUGUGGUUCGGUUCCAUCUAUUCUCGCUCUGAUAAUCGCCUGCAUUUGGCAAGCAGAUUGUGACGGAUUGAGGGAGAGGAAGGUCCUAAUGACAGCGGCAGCCAGAGGAGAGCACGAGGAGAAAAUCCCACACUGAUGCAAACGAGCAUCAAAUCCUCUGACAACGUGACGUCCGAGCAGGCUCGUGGUGAAACGCGUGUGAAUUAGGCGGAAAUGAGUCACUUUGUCUCCCGUCCGAGCUCCUUGUUGGAGAUGUAGCCUGUCCGUGGACAGUAUCUGGCAACUUUUCGGGGUGUCCGAUGGGACCGUCUUUUCAUCCGGCGCGCUCGUGCGUCUCUUCCACCUCGCACCCAUGGACUUCUGGGUCCUCCGCGCGCCGCUGACGCUGCUGAGGCUCGUGCAUCCUUCACGCGGACCAUGAAGACGAGGACCCUCCUGUCGGUCAGCCUGAACUUCUUCGCCCUGCUCUUCGCCAUCACCGCCUUCAUCACCACUUACUGGUGCGUGGGGACGCAGCGCGUGCCCAAGCCCAAAUGCAGCAAGCUGCGGACGCACCAGUGCAUAGACUACGGAGUGAACGAAACGGACCCCAACAAGGUGGUGUACAGCUGGGAGACCGGGGACGACAGGUUCCUGUUCCGACAGUUUCACACCGGCAUUUGGUACUCAUGCGAGGAGAACAUCCACGAUGAAAGUGAAAGAUGCCGAAGUUUCAUCGAUUUAGCUCCUGCAUCAGAGAAAGGAAUGCUGUGGCUUUCUGUGGUUUCUGAGAUGUUGUACAUUUUGCUGCUGAUGGUGGGCUUCAGCCUCAUGUGCAUAGAGCUGGUCCACUCCAGCAACGUAAUUGAUGGACUCAAGCUCAAUGCCUUUGCUGCUGUCUUCACGGUGCUCUCAGGUCUUCUUGGCAUGGUGGCUCAUGUGAUGUACACGCAGGUCUUCCAGGUCACCGUCAGCCAUGGUCCACCUGACUGGAGGCCCUACAACUGGGAUUAUGGGUGGUCUUUCUGCUUGGCAUGGGCGUCUUUCACCUGCUGCAUGGGCGCAUCGGUUACCACCCUCAACUCCUACACGAAGACCGUCAUCGAGUUCAGACACAAGCGCAAGACUUUCGAGCAGACCAUCCGGGAGGAGAACGCACGCGAGGCGUACGGAUACUUCCGGGACAACUCCUUGCACUCCAUCUCUAAAUCCGUGGACGUUUACUCCAGUCAGUCCCUAAAAAGCGGCAGGAGGACUCCUAUACCUACCACCUCAUUGGACUUUGUCGACCUCACAGCAUCUCUUGGCGAGGAACAAUGCUGAUAUGUUCUGCUUCGUGUUCAGCUGUGAGGCUUGCAGGUUUGCUCUUCAACGCUGCCUUAACUGAAGCAGAUCAGGCGGCUUCAAGUCACACGUGGUUCAAGUUGGGGAAAUAAACUGGCAGAAAAAAAAUGGACAAUACAUGUACAUCCAUGGAUGUACAUGUAUUUUAUUUUUCUUUUUUUUUGUGAAACUGAGUAUAUUGUAACAUAUAAAGAAACGUUGAGGUCAGGUCACCCAUACAAUUGGAGCGAGUGUGUUUCAGCUUCUCACGGCCCUGGACUGGGUCAGCUUGAAAGACCAGAACAAACAUUAGGCCUAACUGGGUUUUCAAUGUGGUGAAUAAAGCGCACGUUUAUUGAAACUGAUGCUUAUUCAGCGUUUAUCACUUGAAGCUUCAGAAUAGUUGUAGGCCAUCUACCACUAUCAGGAUAUUGAGGUUUUAAAAACACGGGAGUUCCAAGACGGUUUUCUAUCAUGCUGUGGAUAGAAAUGUGGCACAUAGGGCAACUGAGCUGAUAAAGUAACUUUGGCCAUGCACACUGGCUGUCAGCUUCUUUGGUUUUCGUCACCCAUCAUUUUGUUCUAAGGGUCGUUUUUAUGUCAAGUUUGAAUGUUCUCUCCAUACACCCCAGCAUCCUCCCAGUCAUAAAAACCUUUCUAUGUGGUAACUUCUGAGCUGCCUUCAGUGUGAGUGUGUGUGUGAGGAUGGUUGUCUGUCCUGUUCAUCUUUGUGUUGGACGAGCUACGUAUGCAACUCUGCAGUAAGUAAGCAGGUAAAAGAAAUACAUGGGUAGAUUUUGAAUAUUUAGUUACCAAAAAAUCCUUUUUUUAAAAGCUUUUUUCAGCUCUUGUGACCUUUAUUUGAUAGAGAUCCGACAGCGAAUUGGGUUGUGUGAGACGAGGAAGACAUGGAGCAAAGGUCAGAGGGCCGGGACUUGGACCCGUGACGGUUGGGUGGAGGACUGAGGCCUCUGAAUAUGGGUCAUACGCUCUCUCCCUGUGCCGUCACUGUGCCACAUAGUUACCAAAAAAGCUUAAGUGGAACAUGAGAAACUCUAAAUUAAAAGAGCUUUUCUACAAUGUCAAAAGCAAACGUAUAAUAAAUCUAAAAGCUAGACCACAUCUCUGAAAAAAGCUGUGUUUACAAUAAUCAGCACAUCAAUAAACUGUACAUUU